CACACAUGCAAACAGGGCAUUUUAUCCGACACAGCAGCAGCUGAAUAUUUUAAUCCUCUCUUGCCGGCAAAUCGCUGCUCAGUUUCAACUUUAAGUUUGAUUGAAUUUUGCUACUGUAGAACUGUAAUAACAAUUUUUAAAUUUUAUAGCUUAUUACGUGGGACUAAGGAAUACUUCUCUCAACUCUUCAACUUAACGCAUACUGCGUGAACCGGACCUUCAAUGUUCGACCCAAAUGCUGAUUGCGCAUUGAAUGUAUCCCAGCUAUUUAUCUUAUAAUUAACUCUGACAACUGCGGACCAAGCGGCUAAUUUUAAUUUAUUUAGUCCUUCUCUGUCUCAUCUAUCAUUUCAGCCACCGGGAAAAAAAUCCUCAUAUGAUUUUUCCGGAAAUUUAAAUCCCGAUCAUGGACCCCAUCACCGCCGCUAAUGCCACCAGAGUACACGACGACGGUUCCCCCUCAAUCGGUUUCACCAUCUGGUCGUCAGCCUCCGUCUUCCUGAUGAUCCCGGGAUUGUCCCUUUUCUACUCCGGACUCUCCCGCUACAACAACGCUUUAUCCUUAAUGAUGUUGUGCAUGCUAUCCUGCGCCAUCGUCUCCAUCCAGUUCUUCCUCUUCGGCUUCUCCCUGGCCUUCUCGGAGACCGGGAGCCUCUUUAUCGGGGACUUCCGCGAUGGAGCCCUGGGGACCCUUGGCAUCCAGCCCUUAAGCAGUACCUCGCCGAACAUCCCCUCCAUCGCGUUCAUGCUGUACCAGAUGCAGUUCGCCGCCAUCACCGCCGCGCUGAUUUUCGGGUCCGUACCGGAACGGACCCGGUUCGUCCCGGCUAUGCUGUUUAUAUUUGCGUGGACGACGCUGGUGUACGAUGUGGUGGCGUACUGGUCGUGGGCCAAACGCGGGUGGAUACGGAAUCUGGCGUGUGUGGGACAGCUGACAGAUAUGAGCCGGCAGCCGUGUCUGGUGGGCGGGUAUGAUUUUGCCGGCGGGGGACCGGUGCACGUGGCCAGUGGGUUCGCCGGGCUGGCGUACUGUAUUAUGAUCGGGAAGCGGAAGAAGAUCCACCAGGAGCAUCAUAGUCUCGUUAAUGUGAUGUUGGGGACGGGGUUGUUGUGGUGUGGCUGGUUUGGAUUUAACGGUGGCUCCGAAGGUGCAGCCGAUACCCGUGCCGCCAUGGCCUCGGCCGUUACGACCCUGGGGGCCGCCUCGGGCGGUCUAACGUGGGCGUGGUUCGAUUACAUGUGGACGCGGAAAUUAUCGGCGCUUUCGUUUUGCUCCGGUGUGGUAGCUGGUCUCGUGGGCGUCACCCCGGGAUCCGGAUUUGUCGCGCCCUGGGCGGGUGUCGUUACCGGCAUCCUGACGGCCUUUUUCUGCAACAUGUGGUGCCGGUUGAAGAAGCGUUUCGGAUUCGAUGACUCUUUUGAUGCGUGGAGUGUGCACGGCAGCGGUGGAUUUUUGGGGAGUUUGUUGACGGCGAUUUUCGCUCAGAAAUGGAUUGGCGAAAUGGACGGGGAGCCGUUUAAUGGUGGAUGGCUGGAGCAGAACUGGAUACAGAUGUGGUACCAGUUUGCCGGGUCCGCGGCUAUCGCGAUCUGGUCGUUUUUCGUCAGCCUAUUCCUGCUCUUUAUAAUCAAUAAGCUCCCUGGAUGCCGUCUGCGCCAGAGCCAGAUUGACGAGCUGGUGGGCGGGGAUUUCGCUGAGAUGGGCGAGGUGGGAUAUUUACUGGUGAUCAGCGAGCCGGAAGCCGACGACAGCCCCGGCGACACACGGUCAGUGGGCGUGUUAAAAGACGGACGGCGUGUGUCGGUGAUUGGAACCGGCGAUAAAAUGCGCUCUAAUUCCGUACGCUCGCAUCACAGUCACGGCAAUCAUAUCCAUCUCGACUCCUUUCGGAUUUCCAAAAGCGCUGCAAAGAAAUCAAACGGGACGCUGGAAAUGAAUGGCACCUUGCCGCGAAGAGAUUCCGAGAAUUUAUCGACAAUAACCGAAGUGCAUCCGUCGGUUUACAGUAACCAUUAAGUUCUCUGCAUAGCACUGAAAAAUUCAUUUUUGUUCCGUAAAUGCCUUGUUACCUAAAUAAAAAGCACUAGUGCAAGCGUUGAGCAAAAUACUGCAAAAGUAACUAUUUUGGGAUCAGGGAACGGAAUGUGCGCAAAUUUCUACAAUCUGUUACGUGCAGA